AAAAGCUUUAUGCUAAAAUAAUGAUUUCCUUUUCCCAAACGUUCUAACGAUGUAAAUAUGCUGUCAUGGCUGACUUUAAGAAAGGAAAAUCGCGAAACAUUAGAAAAAGACGUAAAUCGUCAGAUAGUGAAUCGGAUUCGGCUGAAGAAGAAAAUGUUGUCUCAAAGAUACAGGAUAUAAAGGAGCUACAAAAACUAAGAAACAAACAAAAUGGCGUCAACGCAACAGCUUUGGCAUUGGGAAAGAAACUUUCCAAAGAACAGGCUCGCAAUAGUAGUGAUCCUUUUAAACUGGAGACUGGUGGCAUGGUGGAUAUGAAGGAACUGAAAAAAAAGAAACUAACAACUGAGGAGGUGGAGGCCAUUGGUACAGCUUUUGCUGCAGAGACAAACAGAAGAGAUGAAGACACAGAAAUGUUGAAGUAUGUUGAAGUGGAGUUAGCCAAGAGGAAAGGACAUCACAAAGAAGAAACACCUGUUAAAGGGCAUUCUCAAGAAGAUGCUUUGUAUGUCUUACCUGAAAAACUGAAAGUUGGAUCUGGCAGCAAAAGGACGGAGGACAUGUUGUCCAAUCAGAUGUUGUCUGGAAUACCAGAAAUUGACCUUGGCAUUGAGGCCAAGAUAGCCAACAUUGAAUCAACAGAGAUAGCUAAACAGAAGCUUCUGUUGGAGAAAAUGAGGAGAAAGGAUCAUGAAGUGUCCGAUUUUGUUCCAACAAACAUGGCUGCCAAUUUUGUUCAGCACAACAGAUUCAACAUUGAGGACACAGCACCAAUCCUCAAAAAAGUGGUGGAGCUCCCUAAACCAGAGCCAGUCCGAGUCGGCGAUGCAGACAAGCUCAAGCAGGCUGAUAAAGGAAACAAAGGAAUUGAGAAGGCCACAGACGACUUUCAUUAUGAGAAGUUUAAGAAACAGAUGCGCAGAUUCUAAUCAGUUCUUCAUGUGUGUGUUAAUAGGAAACCACAGAAGACCAAAUUAUCGAGAAAUCUUAAAAGACAAAAACACUUUUGGGGCUGCAUAAGAUAAACUUGAUGGACUUUAACUGGUACAAAGUAUUGAGUUUUAGUGAGAAAUUUAAGAUAUAUUUAACUCAUUCUGUCUAGCAAAGCAUCUUCUUCAUUGGAUCAUUAUUAUGUCUCAUCGAUGUGUUAGAGAGAGAGAGAGAGAGAGAGAGAGAAACUUGAUUUUGUGUAGUACGUUAUCAUGACAAAAUAAAAUUUGAUCAGUAUAAACCGGUUCUUU